AUUUAAACCAAAACAAGAUAUUUCCUUAUGAUUUUCUUUUAAACCAUUUUAAGCGCGGAUCAAAGAUUAAAAGAAAACAUCAAAAGGAAAUAUCUUGUUUUGGUUUAAAUGUUUCAAAUAAUAACAUAAAUGGGUCUUUGUAUAAUUAUUUACAAAAAAAGGGUUGUUUUUUGAAUUUUUAAGAAUUAAGUCGUGUCAAAUUUGGACAACAACGAAAGUUGGUGUAUUAAAAUAUAAAAUCCUAACUUCGCGUCAAAUAUGGAUUUUUUUGCAAAGUUUGUGUAUUUUCACGCAAUUAUCCCUAAUAUUUAAUAACUUAUAUUUUUGAUAGGAUUCGAUAAUCAACAUUUAAUAUGACAAAUUUGAAACCUUAAUUGGAUUAAAUAACCUUAGAUUAAAAGUCCAAACAAUUUUGAAAUCAACAUCCCAUAUAACAAAUUAAUUAAGUCUAAUAAAAUAUCUUACACUUAAUUUAAUAAUUUUGACAUUUAUAAAAAUAAAAUAAAUAGCCCAGACUUCAUAUUACAAUUUUGGGAUCUUAAAAGUUCAAAAUAUAAUACUAUUAAAAAUUCAUAUUUAAUUGAUCCAAAAUCAAAAACUCAAAUAAUAAAAAAUUAAUUAAACACCCUAAUAAAAAAUAAUAAUCACCAUUUUUUUUUAAAUUCUUGUAAAAAACUCACAGCCACAUUAAUUGAAUAUAAAUGACAUAAUAAAAAAACCCCUCUCCUUAGGGUUGCACACUCAAUUGGCGAAGCACUCACACUUUUUCUUCUUAAAAUUCUCACGCUGCCCUCUAGUUUGCACACUCAAAUUUCAUUUUCAGAUUAUAUAUGAGACAAAUAAUUUUCCAUUUUCAGAUUUUUAAAUCAGCUAAAUUUUCCUUUUGUAGUCUACUAGGUGACCGAUUUUUUCCCUUCUUAUACAUACAAAUGUGAGUUUUAGUAAAAAUACUUGUAUUAUCUCAUAAUCACCAUAUGAUCAUCAUCACGAACACAAUUUUUUUUUUUUUUAAACUGCAACCGGAAAGAUUUAUUCACAUUGGAAUAUUUUAUUUAGAUGUUCACUAUUUUUUUACGCUUAUUCAUAUUAUUUUAUGUUAAAUAUUCGUAACACGAACAUCUAAAUAAUUUCCAACAAAUGUAAAAAAAUUAUGAAUAUCUAAAUAAAAUAUUUGAAUUUUUCUUGGUCACAUAAUAUAUUUAACAUCAAUAUUUCGAACAAGCAUAAAAAAUUUACGAACACCAGAAAAAAAUAUUCGAAUUUUUCUUGAUAACAUCAAUUAUUUAACAUUGAAUUUUCCGAACAAUCGUAAUAAAAUUACGAAUAUCUAAACAAAAUAAUCAAAUUUUUUUGUUAACAUAAAAUAGUUAACACAAAACAAUACGAAUAAGCGUACGAAAAUAGCAAACAUCUAACUUAUUAUGUAAUAAAAUAAACCAUAACAUUAAACUAAAAAAACGUCCUACAUUUGUCGAAUAUAUGAUAAAAAAAAUUAUUCAUUAAUAAAAUUGAAACAAUACUGUAUUCAUAUUAAUUAAUGAAUGAAUGAUUAAAAAGAUUCGGUCAAACACUUAAAAUUCAUGAAAUAAUGAAAACGCAAAAAAAAAAAAAAAAUUACUAAUAACACAUUAAAAAUAAAAAGAAGCAGAAUAAAAAAAGAUUCAAUGAUAUCGGUUUAAUAACUACUGAAAAUAAAGAGAUUUGUGUUGGAUUGAGCACUAGGUAUACGGUUACAAAUAAAGGUCGCCCUUUCAAAAUCGCUUUCGUCGGGAUUCAUCACCGCCGCUGAGGGACUGACGAGGUCGGAGCUACCAUAAGGCGUCGCCCUUUUGUCCUCAGUUGCCGCCGCUUCCCUGCAAAACUGCCGUUGCGGAUCCCCCUCUGAGGGUUGCGGCCAUCUAACUAGCAGAUUUCGAUCCCUCUAACGACCAGAUAUAAUUCCUAUCCAUUUUUCAUUAUGAGCAUUCACCGUCUUCAAGCAACUUCAUGGAAAGAUUUUACUGAGCUUUCUGUGUUGUAUGCACCUCGAGGCAAGAAAAUUUUGGUCCAUGCUGCACCUUGGGUGAUCCAGAGAAGUCGAAGGUUAUCUAUACAAUGUGCCGUCAAGUUUCGUCCUUGCAUUGACAUACAUAAGGGGAAAGUGAAACAGAUUGUUGGAUCCACUCUUCGAGAUUCUAAAGAGGGAGAUUCAAGUCUUAUCACUAAUUACGAAUCUGAUCUUUCAGCUGCAGAAUAUGCUAAAAUGUAUAUGGACGAUGGGCUUACUGGUGGCCAUAUGAUCAUGCUUGGGACUGAUCCAUUGAGCAAAGCAGCAGCAGUUGAAGCAUUACAUGCUUAUCCAGGUGGAUUGCAAGUUGGGGGUGGUAUCAAUACAAGAAAUGCCUUGACUUACAUAGGUGAAGGAGCAAGCCAUGUUAUCGUUACAUCAUACGUAUUCAGUGAUGGACAAGUUGAUUUUGAAAGGCUAAAAGAAUUUGCUCAAGUCGUGGGGAAAGAAAGACUUGUGUUGGAUCUCAGUUGCAGAAAGAAGGAUGGGAGAUAUGCAGUUGUGACAGAUAGAUGGCAGAAGUUCACUGAUGUAUUUCUUGAUCAAGAGGUGUUAAAUUUUCUUGCUGGUCAUGCUGAUGAAUUUCUUGUCCAUGGAGUAGAUGUUGAAGGAAAAAAGUUGGGAAUUGACGAAGAGCUUGUGGAAUUGCUUGGCAGGAUUUCACCAAUUCCGGUGACUUAUGCUGGUGGAGUGACGACUAUGGCUGAUUUAGAGAAGAUAAAAACAACGGGAAAUGGCCGUGUGGAUGUCACCGUUGGCAGUGCUUUAAAUAUUUUUGGGGGUAAUCUACCUUACAAGGAUGUAGUCACCUGGCAUUCUCAGCAAAAGUCAUUGGCUUUUUGAAGUUACUUGGCUUUACAAAUUUCCAUUAAUUAUUUUGUCCAUCAUGUAACUGUAGAAACAUUACAAUAUUGUUAAGAGCUUAAUAGGUCGCUGAUGCUUUGGUUAUUUAAAUCUCACUUGUAGACUUUUUGGAAUCAGAUACUUUACUGGAUGAAUUGUAGUAAUUGUGGAUUUUCACAAUUUCUAUAAAUAAAAACUUAUUCUCUUUC